GGCGGAUAGAGUCUCUCUUCUGUCUCUUUCUCUUCCUCUCUAACUCUCUCUCUCUCACAGCUCAGAGCUCAAAAGCUCAAACACAACCUGACUGACGGGUCGAUUUUUCCGUCGCCGUUUGGCAGCGUUUGAUGAGCGUAAUUAGUCCUUUAUCACUAUUUCUUACAAAAUGGACGGUCUUGCUCUCACCGUUGCCACCACUACCACUACCACUACCUCUUCUGCUACUACCUCAUCGUCCUUCUCUUCCUUCACCUGUCGAAUACCCGUUUGUUCAUUUCUUUUCUCUACUAACAGAAGAAAUUUGAAAACCCUCAACUUCCCUUCAAAACCCAUUAAAUUUUCAAUCUUUGCUUCCAGAGAUGAGCCGCCUAAUCUUGACCCUAUGGACCAAAUGGAGCUCAAGUUCGGUCGUUUGAUAGGCGAGGACCCAAAACUUACCCUUGCCAAAAUAAUGGGUAGGAAAGCAAACCCAGAUGCAACUUUUAUUGAAAUUGAAAAAGCCUUUUACAAGAACAAGGGUAAGAUAGUUGAACUAAAAGAGAUACCCAUUGAUGGGUCCAAGGAAGAGCAAUCUUCAAGUUCAUUGGACGGUUUGAAUUUGGUUCGGCCGGUUCCAAAGAAAGGUUUUAAGUCCAAAGCUAAUGAUAAUAAGCCAGUUGUUUCUGAUACUAGAAAACCGAGUCAGUCUCAGUCAUUGAAGAAGCCUGUGGAUGGUAUGAGGAAGCCUGGUGUUCCUAAUGUCAUCUUGAGGAAGCCAACUAUGGUUAAUGAGGAUGAUGUUGAAGAUAAGCCAUCAAGGUUAAGAAUCAAAAGAAAUUUAUCAUUGCCGUUGAAAAAUGUGCAAGCAAAGGAGAAAUUUAGUGAUAUGACACUGUUGAGGAAACCCGAGCCAAUGGUUGUGAAUGAAAGUGGUGAAAAUAAAGAAGAGCAUUCUGGUGAUGCGGAAGCCAAAGUAGUUGGUGAUAUGAAAUUGGAGAUGGUAAGAGAAGAAGUUGGUGAUAAUGGCAGUGAUUUCACUCUAUUGGAAAAACCCGAAACAAGGGCUAUAUUUGAAGGUACUUCUGAGCAGUUUGGCAAUGCAGAAUCUGUAGAAUCUGAUGUAGUUGAUGAUUUUGAGAAUAUGGGUUUGAAGGGUUCGACUGAUGUUUCUCAAGCUGCAGAUGCAAUAAAAUCUGUGGAUGACUCAUUGAUAAAGAGACCUACUCGAUUACAGCCACAAGAGAGUGUUGGGGGUUUCAGUAGCGGUGAGGAGAUGGAGAAAGAACUAUCUGAUUCAAGUUCAGUUAUUUCCAAUGCCAAGCCAUCUGCAGAAGCUGCAUUACGAGGAAAACCAAAAAGAUUAGACCAAUCUAUGAAAGUCGCAUCUGCCAGACCUGAAAAGUUUGAGAACUCAGUUGAGUUCGAGAAUCUUUUUGUUACAUCAUCUUUGGAGGGACAUGAAGAUGCAGAUUGGACUAGAGCAGAAGAUCUGGUUAAGACUGGAGAUAGGGGAGAGGUGGAAUUGAUAAGCUGUAGCAAUAGAGGUUUUGUUGUAUCUUUUGGCUCUUUGAUAGGAUUUCUGCCAUAUCGUAAUCUUGCUGCUAGGUGGAAGUUCUUAGCUUUUGAAUCAUGGUUAAGACGGAAGGGUCUAGAUCCAUCAUUAUACAGGCAAAAUUUAGGAAUUAUUGGAAAUUAUGAUGCUGCAAACAAGAAUUCGUUUCUUGAUUCAAGCCAAUAUUCAACCAUUGAUCUCAAAACAGAGGAACAAAUUUUAUCAGAUAUGAAAGUUGAUGAUCUCCUCAGGAUUUAUGACCAAGAGAAAAUUAAAUUCUUAUCAUCAUUUAUUGGCCAGAAACUCAAAGUAAAUGUGGUGUUGGCCAACCGAAAGUUAAGAAAGCUCAUAUUUUCAUUGAGGCCAAAAGAGAAGGAAGAGUUGGUUGAGAAAAAGAAAAGUCUCAUGGCUAAACUUCAAGUUGGGGAUGUUGUGAAAUGCUGCAUCAAGAAGAUCACUUACUUUGGUAUUUUUGUUGAGAUUGAUGGGGUACCUGCAUUAAUUCAUCAGACAGAAGUGUCAUGGGAUGCCACUCUGGACCCUUUAUCCUACUUUAAGAUUGGUCAGAUUGUGGAGGCAAAGGUUCACCAAUUGGAUUUUACACUUGGACGCAUCUUCUUAUCGUUAAAGGAGAUUAUGCCAGAUCCACUGAUUGAGGCCUUGGAAUCUGUGGUUGGCGAUCAUGGUCCGUUAGAUGGACGACUUAGAGCAGCUGAAGCUGAUAGUGAGUGGGAUGAUGUGGAAUCUCUUAUCAAAGAGUUGCAACAAACUGAAGGGAUUCAGUCAGUGUCAAAGGGCCGCUUUUUCUUAAGCCCAGGCUUGGCUCCAACAUUUCAGGUUUAUAUGGCAUCCAUGUUUGAGAAUCAGUACAAGUUACUUGCUCGAUCAGGAAACAAAGUACAGGAGGUGAUAGUUCAAACAUCAAUGGGUAAAGAAGAGAUGAAAUCUGCAAUUUUAACAUGUACCAACAGAGUGGAAUAGUUUGUUUUUGGUCUCUACCUCGUGAUUUGCACCAGGACUGCUGAUUUGCUCUUGAUAGCUGGCAUCUUGAGAAAUCUUUGCAAUUUUAAAACGGAAACGUUUCAAUGGCGUGGAGGGAUCAAAAUUUUUUCAUUCAUUUUUAUAGAAUAUAGUGAGUUGUCUUGUAAAUUCUCUCAAAGUUAGCUGUAACUACUAAUUAUUUAAAAAAAAAAAAAAUCUGUUACAGUAAUACAAAAUAUCUGUUUUCUUCCUUUUUCA